AUAUUAUUAGAAAUAUUUUCUAUAGAAAUAUACAAGAUUAUUAUUAUCCCAAUUUUAAUCUUUAUAUUUUAUACUACUAUAAUCUUUACUAGCAUAAAGAUUGUGGUAGACUCCGGCGUUGUUCGUGUGUCAAAGUUGGAGACCGGACGCUUGAACGGUUACGUUUGCGCUUUCAACGCUCUUUCUACGACUUCUUCGUUUUACCGCUUACGGAGAAAAGGACGGGAAACUGCCAUGAGAUUUGUGGCGGCGAUGCCGGCCAACUACGAGAGAGCAGUUGAGGAAGCGAUGACGGCAACUUAUCCAUCCAUCAUUUUCUGACACAACCCCAUUAAUUUCCAUCCUUUUUUUUCCUUUAGUCCAUCCAUUCCUGCCCAUACCAAACUCUCUCCAAAUCGAGUUCUUUUUUCCGGGUCUCGUUUUGGGUCCGUAUGUGUGUCUGAUUUCAGACAAUAUCGUACAGAAUCGGGGAAAAGAAAAUGUUGCCGCAGAUGCAAGCAGAGGAAGCCAUGGCCUCAAGCUUGAACCAGGCAGAAGAUGACGUUGUUGGAGACAAAGAAGAAGAAGAAUCGUCCAUUCCCAGUGUGAAGAGCUUUCUCUGGCAUGGAGGCUCUGCUUGGGAUGCAUGGUUUAGUUGUGCUUCCAACCAGGUAGCCCAAGUGCUGUUGACACUGCCAUACUCUUUUUCACAACUGGGAAUGCUAUCAGGAAUAAUGUUCCAAGUCUUCUAUGGUGUGAUUGGUAGCUGGACAGCUUAUCUCGUCAGUGUCCUGUAUGUUGAGUACAGAAGUAGAAAAGAGAAAGAAGAUGUUUGCUUCAAGAACCAUGUCAUUCAGUGGUUUGAGGUGCUAGAUGGGCUUUUGGGUCCAUACUGGAAAGCAGUUGGGCUGGUCUUCAACUGCACUUUCCUUCUCUUUGGAUCAGUGAUACAGCUCAUAGCCUGUGCAAGCAACAUAUAUUACAUAAAUGAUGGAUUGGACAAGAGGACAUGGACAUACAUAUUUGGAGCUUGCUGUGCGACGACUGUCUUUAUUCCUUCCUUCCACAACUACAGGAUUUGGUCUUUCCUUGGCCUUGGAAUGACCACUUACACUGCUUGGUAUCUCACUGCUGCAGCUCUUGCUCACGGUCAGGUUGAAGGCGUGGAACACUCCGCACCAGUGAAAGCAGUGCUGUAUUUCACGGGCGCCACGAACAUACUGUACACAUUUGGGGGGCAUGCUGUAACUGUGGAAAUCAUGCAUGCGAUGUGGAAACCACAGAAGUUCAAAUACAUCUACUUGUAUGCCACGCUCUAUGUCUUCACUCUCACCAUUCCUUCAGCCACCACGGUGUAUUGGGCCUUCGGGGAUGAGCUUCUCGACCACUCGAAUGCCUUCUCUCUCCUCCCUAAAUCCAGGUGGCGUGAUGCUGCUGUCAUCUUGAUGCUCAUUCACCAGUUCAUCACAUUUGGGUUCGCUUCAAUGCCGUUGUACUUUGUAUGGGAAAAGGUGAUUGGGAUGCAUGACACAAAGAGCAUUUGUGUUAGGGCACUUGCAAGGCUCCCGGUGGUGAUACCCAUAUGGUUCUUGGCCAUAAUCUUUCCUUUCUUUGGCCCUAUAAACUCGGCCGUUGGGGCACUUCUUGUUAGCUUCACGGUCUACAUUGUCCCAUCUCUGGCUCAUAUGGUCACCUUUGGCAAACCAUCCGCUCGCAAGAAUGCUGCGGAAAAGCCUCCGUUCUUCUUGCCGAGCUGGACCGCCAUGUACGUUGUGAACAUCUUCAUAGUGGGUUGGGUCGUUGUAGUUGGGUUUGGGUUCGGAGGAUGGGCCAGCAUGACCAAUUUCGUGAAACAAGUGGACACGUUCGGGCUCUUUGCCAAGUGCUACCAAUGCAAGCCACCCAAGCCUGUGGCCCUUCCACCCCACUAAGUGCUAGUCGAACUCACUCUUGUUAGUAUUUGAUGAAAUAGGGUCUUGUUUAACACCGCUAGUUACACAAGAUAAUAUAUCUCGUGUAGGUAGUAGUAUUAAACAAGAGUCUUAUUUCAAUAGAAUUUGUAUCCGUUAGCAAGGCCGUGGGCUGGUUAAUCUUCCGCUUUUGUACCCCUUUUAGUAUUUUGUCUUUCCCCCCACUUUUAGAAACUCUUAGACCAGCUAGGGUGCUGGUUUUUUAUUGUUCCCUAUCAAAUCAUAGAGUAGUGAGAUCAAUGAAUAUUAGUUUUCAAC